AUGCAGGUGACGCUCUGCCGACUUCGGACUCACCAGUGGUGUUUCCUCCUCUUUAACGUCGUACUAUUUCAUGUGUUGCUCUUCGGAGCCGACUUUGUAGAAGAAUAUUUCUUACGUUCUUUGCCUCGCGUGGACAUGAAAAUUCUCGGCAUUAGAAACAAGGCAAGAAAACUGAACCUGGAACCUUUAAGGCACAAUCCCUCCAAGUACUACGUCCUGAGCCAGCCGGAGGUGUGCAACGGGAAGAACAUCUUUCUGCUCUCUCUUAUCUUCAGUAGUCCAGGGAACGCAACAAGACGGGAGCUCAUCAGGAAAACCUGGGGUAGUGUGACCAGCGUCCGAGGCUACCCAAUUCUCACGCUGUUUGCUCUGGGAAUGCCGGCGCUGGCCACUACGCAGGAAGAGUUAGAUGCAGAGGCUCAGGAGAAUAAUGACAUAAUCGAAGGGAUCUUCCUGGACAGUUCUGAAAACCAAACGCUGAAGAUCAUCUCAAUGACCCAGUGGGCUGUAGCCUUCUGUCCCAACGCCCUGUUCGUUCUCAAGGCUGAUGAGGACACGUUUAUCAAUCUACCAGGCUUGGUAGACUAUCUUCUCGAUCUGAAAGGUCAGCUGGAAGGUAUAUAUUUAGGAAGAGUUAUCCAUCAGGAUAUACCUAGCAGGGACCCCCAUAGCCAAGAAUUUGUCCCUCUUAGUGAGUACCCCGAAAAAUACUACCCAGACUACUGCAGUGGUGAGGCCUUUAUAAUGUCCCAAGAUGUGGCUCGGAUGAUGUGUGUGGUUAUGAACGAAGCACCCAUCGUGGUGCCUGCCGAUGUAUUUGUGGGGAUCUGUGCUAAGUCCCUGGGCCUUACGCCUAGCCACAGUUCAAGGUUUUCUGGGGAAAGGCACAUCACAUAUAACAGAUGCUGCUACAAGUUCAUUUUCACAUCCUCAGAAGCUACAGAUGCUGAAACUUCCCUAGCAUGGAAAGAAAUGAAUGAUGGGAAAGAGUGUUCUGUGUUCGAGACUUAUUAUGGGCUCAUUUCCUGCAAGCUUCUGACAUACCUGGACAGCUUCAGGCAUUUUCACUGGAGGAGCGCGGAAGACCGUGCUGGGUAUUUUGGUGAUUAG